AUUCGAAAGAAAGAAUUUAAUAAGUUAUAAUAAUCUACGUUAAAUCAAACGGAAUAAAAAUAUUUGAUUAAUUUUACAAUACGAAUUAUCUUUCGUUUUAUUUUUCGUAUGGGAACAGGAAAAAUUUUAGAUAAGAAAAGUUUCAGAAGAGUUCAGCUUUAUUUUUUGUUAUAUUUUUUUUUAUUUUCUUUCUUCCUUCAAUUUCUCUUUUUCGUUUUCAUUUUUGUCCUGUUCCUUCAUUGUUUUGUUCUUUUUCUCUUUUUCUUUUUUUUUUUCUUCUUUUUAUUAUCAUCCAUCGUAUUUUUCCUUUCGUGACUUUCUUUUCUUUCUUUCUUUAUUUUUUUUUUCCGUCUUCUUAACGAACAAAAAUCAAUAUGGUUUUUGACGCGAGCACGAUACGACUGGUAAUACUCUUAUGUGUGACUUUAUAUCUACACGCCGGAGACUAUAGUACCUUUAUACCUUCAAUAUUUGCCAAAAACGUGGAUAAGAAUGAUACAGAUUCUAACAAAGGACCAAUAGGUCCACCGAUAAAAGGAUCUAAAGAAAUAUUAACAAUUGACUUUACGACGAAAAAGGAAACCGAGAAGGACAAUGGUAUCACAAGACGGGCCAAGAUAAUGACAACAAUCAAGACUGCCUGCCUGCCAAAACUCAUUUGCGAAUUGACAUCUUCGGUUCAUCAGGAUCAAUUAAGCGAAAUGGAACGUUCACUGUUGAAUUUGAUUCGGGACACAAGUUUGAAUACCAUCGCAGAAGUGCCCUCGAGAUAUCAUUUCGCGGCUCACAUGGGUCAAUUAAUUUCUGGAGUGGAAGGACAAGGCUGCCAUAACUUCUAUCCUACUUGUCCUCUACCAAGUAUCAGUGUACUUAACAUGAUGAAGAAAAUUAGAUUGCAAUGAAAAACGAACAAAUCAUUGUAAUUUGUUAAAUUGAUGCUACUCGAAGAAUCUUGUGUCGCUGUGAAAGUUUUUAAAAUAUCUGUGAUAUUCUUAUGAUGAUGUUGUUGGGAGAAUAUAAAUGACGUAGGAACGAA